UACUCCAGAGUAAGCAUGCAUAGGAUCAGGCCAGGACACCCCACUGGACCACUCCCGACCGCACCGGAGAGUAAGCACGCAGAAGAUCGCCGCUGGAGGCCCGACAGCAGCGAGGAAGGGCAGAGCGGGGAGGUCCGGGAGGCGGAGUUCGGCUCGUCUCGUCCCGCUCCCCGCCCUCCUGCGCUCCAGGCUCGGCUAUUGGCUCCCCGGCUCCCCCCGCCGCAGAAGUUUUCCUUUCCCUCCCCGCCUCCUCUUUCCCACAGAUCCGGAGGCUGGAGUUUCUCCGGCUUUCCCGGCGGAGCCUCCCCGACGCGAUCGCUCCUUACGGGGCUCCCUCCGCCCGGCCGCCCGCCCGCUCCUACGGGCGCCUCUGGGGUACUUUUUGGAGAGGUCGCGCGUCUUGGCGCACGUCGGAAGCGCCGCGGCCGCUUUCCGUUCCACCGAUCGGGAGCGGGGCUGGAUUUGCGCCGGCGCUGCUCUUCCCGGGCGCCGGAUUUGGGGAGGGUCUCUCGCACAGAGUGCCCGCCCCGCGCCCCACAACAAUUUGGCACAUUUUGGAACGCGCGACGUGGCUGGCCACCAGACGUUGCCCCGCUGCUAGACACGUGUGCCUGGGAUUUCAGACAGUUUUGCCUGCAGCUUUCCUCGCCUCGCCUCCUGCUAUGGAAAAAGGAGGGCGCGGGCGACUUGGGGGGCUGGAUAGGGGCGGGGAGAGCUUUAGACGGCGGCGCGCUUCGGAAGACCGCCGGCGUCUCCAACCCUGCGCUGAGCAGCGCAGAAGCCAAGGCGAGGGGCUCUGACCCGCUCUCUCCUCCUUCUCCAUCGCUUCCUCGUAUUUUCAUCGCCCCCCUCCAAGAUGGCAGCUAUCCAAGCCCUCCAGCAGUGGUGCAAGCAACAGUGCCAAGGAUACAGGGAUGUCAGCAUCACCAACAUGACCACUUCUUUCCGGGACGGCUUGGCCUUCUGUGCCAUCCUUCAUCGCCACAGGCCGGAUCUCAUGCUUUCAAAGUGGCCGAAAUGGAACUGGGCAUCCCGGCCUUGUUGGACGCUGAGGACAUGGUCGCUCUCAAAGUGCCAGACAGACUGAGCAUCCUCACCUACGUCUCCCAAUAUUAUAACUAUUUCCAUGGACGGUCGCCAAUUGGAGGAAUGUCUGGCAUAAAACGCUCUUCUUCCGCGCCCAGCGAGGAGCCCACGGGGAAGAAGGUUGUUUCUGAACAGGCGGCCCCCACCAAGCCCCCGCGAGUCCUGCCACCAUCCGAACCCAAGACCGUUCCAGCCUCUCGCAAUCUGGUGAAGGAGAACUCACCGGUGGCAGCGAGACGUGUCUUAGCAGAGAGAAGCAACAUGCGAAGCAGCAACUGCGCCACCUGCGGAAACCAUGUCCACCUGGUACAGCGCCUCCUGGUGGAAGGGAAGCUUUAUCACAGGAACUGCUUCAGGUGCAAAGAGUGCUCUAGCACCCUGCAGUCGGGAAACUACAAAGCUGGGAGCCAUGCCGGCACUUUUGUCUGUACCCGGCACGAGCAACCGACGCCUCUCCGGGAUUCCUUGUCCUCUGGUGCGAGGGGUUUCCCCAGCGAGGAUAAACCUCCCGCUCCUGCCUCUGCUGCACAGAACUACUUGAAGGGACUCGAAUCCAAGACGCCGCCCGUGAAAAUGAGCAGUGCCGUUAAAUCAGCAGCUUCUGAGCCACCUGGGAAUUACAAAGGCAGCUCUGCGUCCGCAAGCUCAAGUCCGCAUUGGUCAGACCUUACCGGGAACAAACCGGAUUCUCUAACCGUCUCCAGCACUUCUCCUUCCCCACCGCGCUGGACACCAUCGUCCGCCAAAACGCAGCAGGCUCGGGAGAAAUUUUUCCAGGCCAGAUCCGGGGGCUCGGGACUUCCUCCGGGCAAAACAGAGCCGGUUAAAAACCAAGGCUCUCUUCUGAACCCUCCUCGGGUCUCCGGGAGAGCAUCCUUUUCUGGCACCCACACAUCAGGGACCGGUCCGGAUGUUGGUGAGAAGGACAGAGCACGGAACGUCCUGAUGCAGGCUUUGCCGGGGCUCCAGCCUUCCUCCAACAGGACUAGUGGCUUUGGCAGCGAUUCGCCCAGCUCAACGGCAUCCAGCAGCAGCAAGCCAUCUCCAGCCACCUCUGGCACACAGCAUAUCGAGACGAAAAGCAUCUCGGACUGGAAGCCUUCCAGGCCUGUCAGCAUGCCAACUGCCACGGAAGAUCCACGGAAAGGACCCCGGGCGCUUUCACCCGCCCUUGAACGUUCACCCAAGGAUCUGGGUGGCAAAGCAGGCGUCGGGGUGGCCCCCCAGAGCAGGCUCAAGGAUCAGCCCCCCAGCAGACCUGCAGCUGAUUCUGGGCAUAAACUGGACGUUAAGGUCUCCAAAGCGGGAGCUGCAAGCGUUGCGGAAGAGAAAUCAGAAAUGCCAGCGGACUGGAGAUCUCUGCUGAAGCCGGUGGCAAACAGAGUCCCUGGCCACGCUGACCCCAGAACCACUCACAAACCUGCAGAUGUUCACAAGGCAGCUGUUGACAUAACUCUGAGUCCGGGACAGAAAGACAAAAAGCCAGCUUAUUCAACAACCUCCCCGUCGAAUCAGGAAACUGCUUCACCAGCUGAUCAGCCACCAAAGAAAAAACUGCUGGUGCCUCCCGUGGAUAUUUCCAGUAGCUGGAGGUCCCCCAAGCAGCAGUGGGAGGAUAUUGCCACAACCAAGAAGGCCGAGGGGCUGAGCCCCUCCAGGAAGGCCGUUGCGCCCGUGAGGCCGUCUCCUCCUAGAGUCCUCCAGAAGUCUCCGACCGGUCAAGCACUGCCUCCCUCAAAGUGCCACCCAGACUAUAUCCCUGAGGAGGAAAUCCAGAAGGAAGUCCGGCAGAUCGAGAAGGAUUUGGACAAGCUGGAGCUCAAAGGGGUGGAGAUGGAGAAGCAGCUGAGGAACUGCGAGGGAGAUGAGAGCGAGGAUGCCCUGAUGGUGGAAUGGUUCAAGCUGAUCCAUGAAAAGCAGCUGCUGCUGCGGCGGGAGUCUGAGCUGAUGCACAAGAUGAACCAGCAGAAGCUGGAGGAAAAGCAGUGGGACAUCGAGAGCGAGCUAAGGAGCCUCAUGAGCAAAUCUGAGUUCUCGAAGACGCCCAGGGAGAAGGCCCGCGAGGAGGAGCUGCUGGCGUUGUACGUGGCCACGGUCAAUGACCGGAAUAAAAUCGUGGAGGACCUGGAUGAAGACCGACUCAGGGAAAUUGAAGAAGAUGAAGUGAUAGCGGCCAUGAUCCAGAAGCUCGAUGUGCCCCGUAACACCCAAGAAAGCGAAAAGAAGAAAACGAAAUUCGGCUUAUUCCAUAUAUUGAAGAUAAAGAACUAGGCGGAAGAGUGAAGUAUCUUCGGAGAGACGGAGAGUCCGUUUGCUGUCGGUGAUGGAGUAGCCAUUCCGUUUCUGUUUUCUGCUUUAGGAGAGUAAAGGCCAUUUGGCUAAAAAAAGAAAAGAAAAAAGAAAAGAGGAAGCUGAAGAAUCGAACAAGGGGUUUAUUCAAAACCUGGAAAGUGGACAGUCAGGGAUGGAGUGUCCCUGGUCCAGAUCGGCAAACUGAACAGGCCUUGAAAGCAAACUUGAUGGACUCACUGGCAUCAUUUGGAGAGCAAAUGUGAUCAUUGGCUGGUGUUUCUCUGUAUGCUAGUCUGUCUGGAGAAUCCCAGUCCAGUCUAGAGCAAUUCAGGAACUCUGUUUAGGACCAGUUUCUCCCUCCUCUGCUACCAAGAGAGUACAGUGGUGCCUUGGUUCUCAAACUUAAUCCGUUCCAGAAGUCCGUUCCAAAACCAAAGUGU